UCUCUCGUCCUGAAGAUGGCGGCAGGGACUCUGUACACGUACCCAGAGAACUGGCGGGCCUUCAAGGCCCAGAUUGCAGCCCAGUAUAGUGGGGCUCACCUCAAAGUUGCCAGCAACUCCCCUGCCUUCACCUUCGGGCAGACGAACCGUACUCCUGCCUUCCUCAACAACUUCCCCCUGGGCAAGGUACCCGCCUACCAGGGAGAUGACGGCUUCUGUCUGUUUGAGAGUAAUGCCAUUGCUCACUACUUGAGCAAUGAUGCCCUGCGUGGUGCCACUCCCCAGGCCGCAGCCCAGGUGCUGCAGUGGGUGAGCUUCUCUGACUCAGAGAUCGUCCCUCCAGCCAGCGCAUGGGUCUUCCCCACUCUGGGAAUCAUGCAGUUCAACAAACAGGCCACAGAGCAGGCCAAGGAGGACGUGAAGAGGGUCCUCGCAGUGCUGAACCAACACCUGAACACUCGUACCUUCCUGGUGGGAGAGAGGGUCAGCCUCGCAGACAUUACUGUGGCCUGCUCCAUGCUCUGGCUCUACAAACAGGUCCUUGAGCCGUCUUUCCGUCAGCCUUACACCAACGUCACUCGCUGGUUUGUCACCUGUGUCAACCAGCCAGAGUUCAAGGCUGUCCUUGGAGAGGUCAAGCUGUGUGAAAAGAUGGCCCAGUUUGAUGCCAAGAAGUUUGCUGAGCUGCAGCCCAAGAAAGAGACUCCUCCUAAGAAAGAGAAGGGAGGAAAAGAGGCAGCCAAGCCCCAGGAGAAGAAGAAAAAGGAAGACAAAAAGGAGGAGAAAAAGCCCGCACCAGAAGAGGAGAUGGAUGAUUGUGAUGCGGUUUUGGCUGCUGAGCCCAAAGCCAAGGACCCCUUUGCACACCUGCCAAAGAGCCCAUUUGUCAUGGAUGAGUUCAAGAGAAAGUAUUCCAACGAGGACACCAUGAAAGUAGCCCUUCCCCACUUCUGGGAGCACUUCGACCGAGAGGGUUACUCAAUCUGGUACUGCCAGUACAAAUACCCUGAGGAGCUUACACUUACCUUCAAGAGCUGCAACCUUAUCACAGGUAUGUUCCAGCGCCUGGACAAACUCAGAAAGAAUGCCUUCGCCAGUGUCAUCUUGUUUGGCACCAACAAUGACAGCAGCAUCUCUGGCAUCUGGGUCUUCAGAGGCCAGGACCUGGCCUUCACUUGGACGGUAGUCCCCUGUCAUUGGGCAAGGCAGUGUCCAGUCAUGGCACCAAGUCUUAAUCUGACUGGGGAAGAGGAACUUGAGACCAUAUUCAUCCCAGUCAUCUCUGUUUCACUGUCUCCAGACUGGCAGAUCGACUAUGAAUCAUAUGACUGGCGCAAGCUGGAUGUUGACAGCGAGGAGUGCAAGACCAUGGUAAAGGAGUACUUUGCCUGGGAGGGAGACUUCAAGCAUGUGGGUAAAGCCUUCAACCAGGGCAAGAUCUUCAAGUGAGAGGACACUGGAACAGUCUGGAUGAAAGCACUGCGCUUCUGCUCUCCAGCACUUAAAACCUAUGGACUUUCAGCCACAACGUGCUUACUUUCCUGCAAGAAUGAGUGUUUUGAAGACAAGUGAAUUUUGUCUGUGGCCCCAAACUGGUUUUUUGUUUUGACCUGCGAAAUAAAGCAUUUUCCACGAUGCCAUCUAUGGGAUUUGA